AUGCGUCCCAUGUCCCCGUUCCCCACGUCUGACAUCUUACACGUCUCACAGCCUUGUCUUUCAGGAACGCUUCCGGAUCGAGCUGUCAACUCCACCAAAUGGCGACACGUAACGUCUGUAACGGCCUGUCAGCGCCUGUCGUACUAUUCUUACUCGUGGGGAAACUUCAGGCGACUUUUCAGGAGGCGCCUGAGCAUGCGCCUGAGGACGGUGUGCAUAGCAGCUAGUGCAUCGUUCGCGUCUGAAGAUGUGCCUUGGAAGGCUCGAAGGCGCAUCGAGCCUGGUUUCGAGGGCAUGAACAGUACCUCGCGCCAGAGGCAAACACUCGUAGCCUGA